UUUUGGGGAUAAAAUAAGUGUCCUCCUUCAAAAAAUUUAACUUUAUUGGUUAAAUGAUGAAUCAGGGAAAAAAAUCCAUGCUGUGGUAAAAUACAUAUUUUUUAUAAUUUAUGAAAUUAAUAAUCCAACAGAAUUCUCUAGGCUUCUAAAGCUAGGAAUCACUUAUAUUGCUUUUAUGAUAUUCCAAAGAUUUGUAACAAAAUUGUAAACUUGUAAUAAGUUUUGGAACCAGUUGUUUCAGAGCAAUGAAAUACAUAUCCUCUAAACUGGUAUUUAUCAAGUAUACUCUCUCUGUGUUACAGUCUGAAUUAUAUUUUCUCAAAAAUUCAUGUUGAAGUCCUAAUCCCCAGGACCUCAGAAUGUGACUGUAUUUGAGUUAGGGUCUUUAAACAGGUAAUUAAGUUAUAAUGAGAUUACUUGAGUGGGCCUUAAUCCAAUGACUGGCAUCCUUGAAGAGGGAAUUGGGAAUCAAACAUGAACAGAGUGAAAACAAUAUGAAGACACAGGGAAAAGAUAGUUAUCCAAAUGCCAAAGAGAGAGACCUAGAAUACUUCCCUCCCUUUUAGCCCCCAGAAGAAACCAACCUCACUGACACUUUGACCUAGGAUAUCUAGCUUCCAAAACUGUGAUAAAUAUGUUUCUGAAAAACAAAUAAUAAAAUAAAUAAAUAAACUUCUGUUGCUUAAGUCACCCAGUCUGUGGUACUGGCUGUGGUAGCCCUAGCAAACUAACAUACUCUUUGCUUAAUUCUAAUAUAAUCAUCGUUAUGAAUCUGAGAACAUUUAGGCUAUUGGGAAUGCAAAGCAAUAUGUCUCGUUUUCCACUAUAGUUUCUAAGGGUUCCACUAAUCUGAUCAAUUAAUAAAAUACUCAUAAAAAAAAAGACACCCGAAGAACAGAAAAAGGAAAAAGUAGUUAUCUCAUGGUGUAGAACUAGAGAUGGAGGAAUGAUCUGUUGUUUUUAUUAUAAGCCCUUAUGCACAUAUUAUUUUUUAAUAAUGUUUAUGUUACUUUGAUUAAAUUAGAUGGAUGAAGAUAGGUAGGUGGGUAAUUAGAAAAGGAAAAUAAACAAAACAAUGGGCAAUGUGAUCACAUCUGAACAAUUCAAAUCAACAAUGAAAUUUUGUUUACUUCUCCACCUGUAAACUAUUCUCAAGGGCAUUUUGGCUCUUUGAAGUUCAUAAACAGAAUUCAGAUCACCCAAGCAGAAAUAAUUUGCUGCUUUUAAGCCCUUACUAGCUACAGAGUUGCCUCUAGGAAUUAGCCAGAACAAAAUCCCGAUUAAACAACUAAUUGGCUUGUCUACUAAUGAAAGGAAAAACAAAGUGCAUUUCUCUACCUCAAGACAGAGUCAUAAAAACAGAAGCUUUCAGAACCAUCUCAGAGAAGAUGUUUAAAUCUCUGAUGAUAAAAUCCAACAAGGUGAAGCCUAAAGAGGAGAACAAUGAGAGUAAACAAGGUCCUGAUCCAAGCAAUCAGCCUCAACAAUCCACAAGACAGGGACAAAACAAAAAUGAAAAGAAAUCUCUCCAAACCAAGAUGACUCCAGUCACAUUUGAAGAGUCACACACCAAAAUACAAGAUAAAAUCUCUGAGAAAAAUUCACUCAAAGAUCUGACCACAACCCCUGACCAUCAAAAUCCAACAGAAUCAAAGGGAACGAUGCCAGAGCAGAAGGAAAUGGAAACUGGGAAAGAAGGUCUAGUCAGCAAACCACAUGAAGCCCCUGUUAUAAAUGAGUAUGCUGAUGCCCAGCUACACAACUUGGUGAGAAGGAUGCGUCAAAGAACAAUCCUCUACAAGAAAAAGUUGGCAGAAGGAGAUAUAUCCUCACCUGAAGCCAGCCCCCAAACUGCAAAGCCCACAGCUGUACCAUCAACACAAGAAAGCAGUGCUAAGCUAAAAGAAGAACAUUACUAUCACAUAUUGUGUUUUAAAUUCCAGAAGAUGCCUCUGACAGAGUAUCUAAAGCAAAUUAGACUUCCAAGAAGCAUAGAUUCAUACACAGAUCGACUCUAUCUCCUGUGGCUCUUGCUUGUCACCAUUGCCUAUAACUGGAACUGCUGGCUUAUACCACUGCGCCUUGUCUUUCCAUAUCAAACACCAGACAACACACGCUACUGGUUUAUUACAGACAUCAUAUGUGAUAUCAUCUACCUUUGUGAUAUGCUAUUAAUCCAGCCCAGACUCCAGUUUAUAAAAGGAGGAAACAUAAUAGUGGAUUCAAAUGAGUUAAAGACACACUACAGGAGUUCUACAAAAUUUCAGCUGGAUGUUGCAUCAAUAAUGCCAUUUGAUGUUUUCUACGUCUUCUUUGGGUUUAAUCCAAUAUUUAGGGCAAAUAGGAUAUUAAAGUACACUUCAUUUUUCGAGUUUAAUCAUCACCUAGAGUCUAUAAUGGACAAGGCAUAUAUCUACAGAGUCAUUCGAACAACUGGAUACUUGCUGUUUACUCUGCACAUUAAUGCCUGUAUUUAUUACUGGGCGUCAGACUAUGAAGGAAUUGGAACUACUAAAUGGGUGUAUGAUGGUGAAGGAAACAAGUACCUGAGAUGCUAUUACUGGGCCGUUCGAACUUUAAUUACUAUUGGGGGCCUUCCAGAACCACAAACAUCAUUUGAAAUUGUUUUUCAACUGGUGAAUUUUUUUUCUGGAGUUUUUGUGUUCUCCAGCUUAAUUGGUCAGAUGCAAGAUGUAAUUGGAGCAGCUACAGCCAAUCAGAGCAACUUCCGAAACAGCAUGGAUCAUACCAUUUCCUACAUGAAUACUUAUUCCAUUCCUAAGGGUGUGCAGAAGCGGGUUCGGACUUGGUAUGAAUAUACAUGGGAUUCUCAAAGAAUGCUAGAUGAGUCAGAUCUGAUCAGUACACUGCCUGUCACCAUGCAGUUAGCCCUCACCGUGGAUAUGAACCUCAGCAUCAUCAGCAAAGUCGACUUGUUCAAGGGUUGUGAUACACAAAUGAUAUAUGACAUGUUGCUAAGAUUGAAAUCCACUGUUUAUUUACCUGGUGACUUUGUCUGCAAAAAGGGAGAAAUUGGCAAGGAAAUGUAUAUCAUCAAGCAAGGAGAAGUCCAAGUUCUUGGAGGCUCUGAUGGUGCUCAAGUUCUGGUUACUCUGAAAGCUGGAGCAGUGUUUGGAGAAAUCAGCCUCCUAGCAGCAAGAGGAGGAAACCGUCGAACUGCCAAUGUGAUAGCCCAUGGGUUUGCCAAUCUUUUAACUCUGGACAAAAAGACCCUCCAAGAAAUUCUAGUGCAUUAUCCAGAUUCUGAAAAGCUCCUCAUGAAGAAAGCCAGUGUGCUUCUAAAGAAGAAGGCUCCAGGCACAGAGGAAUCCCCUCCAAGAAAAGGACUUGCUUUUCUCUUCCAACCAAAACAAAAGACACCCAAAAUGUUUAAAGCUCUCCUGGGAGGCACAGGAAAAGCAGGUCUUACAAGACUACUCAAAAUGAAGAAGGAACAAACCAUCCAGGAAAAAAGUGAAAACUCCAAAGAAGGAGAGCGUAAAGGAAGAGAAUAUGAAGAUAAAGGAAGAGAACCAGUAGAGAAAACACAGGACAGCUCCAAAUGUAGAGCAAAUUCUGUUACAGCAGAGGAAAUGCCCCAGUCAAUUAGAAGGGCAGCUUUACCCAGAGGAACUACUCGUCAAUCACUCAUCAUCAGUAUGGCUCCUUCUACAGAGGCUGGGGAAGAAGUUCUGAUGAUUGAAGUUAAAGAAAAGGCUAAACAAUAAGUGUUUGAUUAUCUUUAGAUGUAAUCUAGUUAAUUCCCAAAGAGAUUGUACCCAGGA